AUGAGCGCCGUACUGGUCGACACCCGUGGUCACGAGUACCGGCUGGAGAUGGCCGUGGAUCCCGAGCGCGGCUCCUACGGUGCACUUUUUGCACAGGCCACAACGUAUCGUGCCCAACGCCUCUUCCGUCCAUGUAUGGAGGACAUACCGGGGCUUGUGGAGGACAAUGCUAGUGAGGCGGGCGCCAAGUCGUUGGCGAGCGCAGCACUUGUCACGUACAUUCCGCUCACCACCUCUCUUCAGGAGUCGGACACUACAUCCGAAGCUGCUUUACUGCACCUUCUCGUGCAGAAUAUCCGCCUUCGCCGACAAGCUGAUCACCCGUACCUGCGCACUCUGAUAGAUGCCUUCUACACCAACCAGGUGCCGAGCUCUCCAAGCUCCACUAGCGGCGGCGUCGGCAGCGUCGUCGUCAUGAAAGGACCAGGCGCCUCCCCGGCGAGCCUGUCACCUCCACGCGAAAAUCUCGUGAAGCAGACAGGCACUGCACAAGACAGUGGAGGCACCAACUGGCCUGCUGGCGCAGCCGCACCCGCGCUGGCCUUGUCGCCAGCAAUAACGGCGCUGGUGGUCGUGGAGGAGUACAUUGAGGGCUGCUCGCUCGCCGACUACGCCGACGCCGUGGCAAAGAUGCAUCUCAAGCAAGGCAACCUCAAGAUUCAGAACGACGCGGCGGCCAUUGCGUGCCAACUCGCGCAGGCUCUGCUGCACCUGCACGCUGUCGGGCAUGUGCUGUGCCGUGAUCUCCCCCUUGACUGCGUGCAUAUGGACAUCAACAAGGGCUGCGUGCAGGUGCGGCUUCCUCUCUCAGCUACAGCGAUGCUCGAUAUGGUGGAGGGGUCGGCCAGCGCUGCUCCGGGAGCGGUCAUGGCGUCGCCGCGCACGACGUCUAUCGGCGAAUCAACAAGCAAUGCCUUUCGUGAAGGAAAGUGUUUCGUUGGUGCACCAGAGUUGAGCAAAAUGUCAGACUGGAAUAAAAUCGCGUCACCGCCAUGUGGUGCGCUUCCUCUCUACGCUGAUGUAUGGGCGCUGGGGCUGCUGAUGUUGCAGCUGUGUUCCUUGAAUCACAAGAACCUCUCCGGGGCUACAGAUGCUACUGAACGCCUUCUCGUGAUUCGGAGUCAUCUGCUCCAACCCGCAGCUCUGCUCCCGGCUGACACGGAAGAAGACAUGGCCGAGCUCAUUCUCAGCUGCCUGGAGUGCUCUCCCACGAAGCGGCCGACCCUUUCGAUGCUGCUUAAGUCUAGUGCCUUUGCGAAGCACCGCUCCUUUACAAUGCGCGAGCCAAACCGCGCCGUCAUCAGCCUCGCUCAAGCCGUCAAAGCCAUCAGGAGACAUGAGCGCACAUCUGCGUCGGUGCAACCGGCCGCGCUGCACUCGCGAACCAUGAGCACGAUCGACACAGACCUUCCUAACCAGGUCGUCGACGACUCCUUGAUAUCCCUAUCGCUACAAGAUCUGCACUGGACGACUCCGCCCAGCUUUCGCGACGUGUUUGUGCCGAUUCUCGUGUCUCCUCCGGGAACAGCUGACCUGUGUGAGGUGCCAGGCGGCAUUGCAUCACGCGACCUGACCGCCGCAGCCACCACGCAAGGUCGACAGCGUCCACCUCCGUCGUUGGCAGCAGCGACGGAGCAGGCACUGCACGAUGUCGCGCUUUUGCAUGAUCGGUACCGCGACAUAUGUGUGAUGGCCACACAGUCGUCUACAUCAGCCGCGCCCUCUGCACAACAGAGCGCGUGCGCAGCGUUGCGGGACCGCGUGCAGAACACUGGGCAGCUGCCACGCGACUUCACCACCACAACGACCAUUAUGGAGGAGCUCACUGAGCACUUGGCCAAGCUGGAGCAAAACGACCCUAAGCUGUGUUUGCGUUUUAUGGAGCUCCUUUUGGAGGGCUUUGCGACCUGUCCGUCGGACAUCGCCGCUGUCGCAGACAGCGUUGCCCUGGCAGACACACUGUUCCACGCCUCUGCCACGGAUACAGCGGCCACCAGUGGCGCGCAACCGGUGCGUAAAGAGGCCCCCCUCGAGGAAGCGACGCAGCACUCGGUACCUGGGCAAAAGGAAGCGGUUUUCAACGUCGCCGAAACGCUGCGUGUGAUGCCCUCCAUGCCAGCGCACGUGAUCUCGUCUGACCGGGCCGCCAACACGUCUUCUGUCCUCUACAACUCGUGGCUACGGAAGCAGCGGAAAAAGCACCUGAAGAUGGACGAAUACUGA